GCCCCAAAUCCCGUUUCUCUUUCACAGAACUCUCACCAUUUCGCGAGAGAGAGAGAGAGAGAGAGAGAGAGAGAGAAGCAACGGAAAUGGAAGGAGAAGUGAAAAGGGACAGGUGGGGGUACGAGGUUAACACCUCGUCCGACGCUUGCAUCUCUGCAAUCAAUUCCUACUACCUUCAGGUUAUGGGCUACGGUAGAGAGCGAUCGGUGAUUCUUGAAGCUCCGGCCCACGACCCCAACUGCGUAUUGGCCAAUAUAUUGGCUGCAAAUUUCCUCUGCUCCUCCAAUCCUUCUCUUGCUCCUUCUUAUCUCCAUGCUGCAAACACCCGACUACAACAAGCCACUGGGUACGAGAAAGCAGUGUUUGAUGCUCUCAAUUGUCUGAUUUCACACGACAGGGAUAUUGAUGUCGCUGUUGAGCUGUUCUCUAAGCUAUUAAAAGAUUUCCCAAGAGAUCUAGUAUCUCUUAAGAUGGCUCAAGUUCUCUGCUUUUAUAUGGCUCGGCCUGAUCUGUCUCUGGAUCUUGUUGAACAGGUUCUUCCCAAAAAUGAACAUGAAAAUUACAUACACGGAAUGCUUUCCUUUGCUUUGUUAGAAGUUGGGCGGAUGGAAGAUGCAGAGAAAGCAGCAAAGAAGGGCUUCGAGAUCUACAAUGAAGAUUCUUGGGCACAGCAUGGUCUCUGCCAUGUUCUUCAGUAUGAGUGUCGUUUCAAGGAAGCAGUGGAGUUCAUGGAAGAAUGCUCAAGAUCAUGGGGUUCUUUGUCAUCUUUCAUGUUCACACACAAUUGGUGGCAUGUAGCCCUUUGUUAUUUAGAAGGUAAUUCGCCAAUGAGAAAAGUGCUAGACGUGUAUGAUCACUGUAUCUGGAAGGAGUUGGAAAGAAGCGAUGCAACGUCGGCGGAGGUGUACUUAAAUGCUGUUGGAUUGUUGCUGCGGGUGUAUGUACGAGGUGAAAUUGAUAUCUUUGGGGACCGUCUCAAGAUCUUAGCAGGUUGUCUGACAGAUCAAGCAUUUUGGUACAUGGAGUGGCAUCUUGAUGUGUUGAUAGUAUGGGCCUUAGCUUCUACUGGAGCCUUUGAUAAAGGAGAAGAUCUACUUAAAGGCUUGAAAGACAGAAUUUCCAAGAUGAGCAAGAAGAAACAGCAAAGAAUGCAGAGAGGAAUGCUGCUUGCCGAAGCCUUAUAUCAGUAUGGAAAAGGCAACAACAAAGAGGCAUUGGAUUUGCUUGGCCCAGAUUUUGAUGCAAACUACUGUAAGAUAAUCGGAGCAUCAGAUGAACAACUUGAAGUCUUUAACGAAGUUUGGUACGUUUUGCUGCUGAAUACCGGACAAGCUGAGAAAGCAACCGAAGUAAUCAAGAUGCGGGUAAAGAAGAGGGAAGGCGUUCCGUUCUUGUGGCGCCUAUUGGAGAGAGGUUAUUCCAUGUUAGGGAGGCCAGAAGCUACAGCUGUAGGAGAGAAAGCCAAGUAUUUGGAGACUGCAUACUUCAAUUAAUUGGCACGAGCAUGUCUCGACGUGGUAUUCCGACCUCUCGCCUUUCUUUAUUUUCUUACCAUUUUUUGAGAGGUGUAAGGUCAAAAACCAGUUCAUAUAGUUUGGUUUUGUGUGUAAAUCAGUCGUGGAUCAACUAAUUCCUCCGGUUGUUAUUAAUGAAUUUCUUACUCUUUAAAAAAAAAAAAAAACUAAGCCCUCCCGAGGAUCGUGAUGUAUGUACUCAUCCCACGAAUAUUGGUUGAAUAAUAUUGGGGUAUAUCCCUAAAUGAUAUGAAUGGAUACAUAAUGGUAUGAUUUUGAACAUAA